AAACAAGCCAAAAGACUCUAGAAGUAUACGAUAAGCCCAUCACCAUUAUGGAGUAUUUCUGAAGAUUUGUUGUGAUGGCUCUGUCCAUAUUGAGCAGUAUAUUGCAUAAAAGCAUACGCUGUUUAGAUGAAAGUAAAGGCAGAUGCGGAAUCCCUGGAACAUGUAUACUGAACUGUCAUGCUCUCAAGAACUUGAAAAAAAUAAUUGACCUGUUAAUUUUAAUGAUUUCAAGAUGUUCAUCCUGGGCUGAGCUUCUAUUAAUAGCUUCAUUUUAUAUGAAUUCAAGGAAUUGGAUGCAGGAAACUUUUCCAUAUAUGUUCGGCUGUAUAAUGGAAAUAUUCAUGAGUGAAACGGAAAACAACACAUCAGAAAAGGUUAUCAGCCUUUCUGAGCAAAGAAGAGUGUGUGAUGGAGAGGUUAUUGAUUUGAAGGGGAAACGCAGAAUCUAUAUUGAUGGACCUCUCCACCGGGCAACCUCUGAUGGGCAAAUGAAUGAUGUGCAGGAAAGUGUAAAUUCCACAGCCAAUGUUGUUGAUCAGGAUGAUGAAAAUACAGAGCUUAAGUACUUGAUGACCCCGUCUUUACCAAUAGAAUCAACACCAGUGAGUGAUACCGGGGAAAACAGAUCGAUGCUUGAACCAAUUGUGGUUUCAUCUACUGCUACUCCUGUUGUGUUGGAUGGUACAGAACAAGUACCAUCUACUGACCUGGCAAUAAGGGCAGUGACAGAAAACAGAGUCUCUGAUGACCUGGUGAUAGACGCAGAGAGGCCAGACCCCAUAGUGCAAUCCUUGACAGGAGCAACAAGGCCAAGUAGAAGAGGGGUUCCACCUGAAGUAAACUUGCGGAGCCAACUGAAUGCCGUCGAUUUGGUUGAUAUCAACCAAGUAAAGACUCGAAGAGAGGAAAGCGAAGGCUCCGACAUGAGUGACUUGAAUGUGAAUCUUAAUCAUGAUGCUACGGAGGACGAUGAAGGAUGAAUACAGCAUCCUUAUUGGGCCAAGUGUGAGAUUGAGCGCUCUAAAACCGGUUUAUACCCCCAAUGCUUUGCAUUGACUGUUUCAAGGCCGUGACCCCCGCUUUAUUCUUAUAUGUGUUUAUGUUGUUAUGUAUUGUGCUGUUUGUACUGUUUUGGCAAUUGGUCACUUGUCUUAAAUAAAGGACCAACUAAUUGUAUAUAAUUAGAAUGCAAUACUGCUCCAGCAGCUGGAGUUUCACUUUUUUAUAUUAUGUUAUUAAAAUCCUUACAGCUGUAUAUUUCGCUUCUUUCUUUUUUUAUGCCCACCUUGGAAGAAGAAGGGGUAUAUUGUUUUGCUGGACGUUGGUCGGUCUGUCAGUCGGUUGGUCGUUGUGUCUGUUGGUAGACUAGUUCGUUUUUUAUCAAUAUCUUGUGAACGGAGGGACCGUUUUGCUUGAUACGCCCCAUGUGAAUUGGCCUUGGACAGUAGGUGACCCCUAUCGAAAUUGGGGUCACUUGGUCAAGGUCACUGUCACAAUAAGUGUGAAAAUCGUUUCUGAUCAAUAACUCGUAAACUGAUAAACCAAUUGGCUUGAUACUUCCCAUGUGCAUAGGUCUUGGUGACAGUAGAUGGCCCCUAUUGAAAUUGGGGUGACUAGGUCAAAGGUCACUGUCACAAUAAGUGUGAAAAUCAUUUACGAUCAAUAUAUGGUCAACAAUUGACUUAUUGCCUUGACACUUCACAUGUGCAUUGGCCUUGUACAGUAGAUGACCCCUAUUGAAAUUGGGGUUACUAGGUAAAAGGUAAAGGUCACUGUCGCAAUGAGUGUGAAAAUCGUUCUGGAUCAAUAACCUGUCAAUGAAUUGACUGAUUUACUUGAUACUUCACAUGUGCAAUGGCCUUGGACAGUAGAUUAGACCGAUUGAAAUUGGGGUCACUUGGUCAAAGGUCAAGGUCACUAUGACACACAAAUUCCAGUGUCAAGGCCCUGUUUGGGGGGUACAAGUCUCUGACCGCGGACCUCAUGUUAUUGGUUGUUUUGCUUAUUGAUAAUGAAUAAGACUUUGUUGUGUUUACCAGAUGUGUUUUUUCAUGGGUUUAUUUUGAAAACCUUUUUUAUCACAUGCCAUACCCUGUUUCCCAUUUAAUAUAACCAUUACGAAUAUUUUAACGUACACAUGUGUAAUAUACUUUUUAUGCCCCCUUUCAAAGAAAAGGAGGCAUAUAGUGAUCGGACUGUCCGUCUGUCUGUCUGUCCGUCUGUCUGUCUGUCCGUCUUUCCGUCAUACUUUGCGUUUAGGUUUCGAAAAAUGCUCAUAACUUCUAUGUCCCUUGAGAUAUAACCUUCAUCUUUGGUAUGCAUGUGUAUAUGGACAGGGCCUUUCCAUGCGCACACAAAUUUUUACCCCUGUGACCUUGACCUUGAACUUAGGGUCCGCGUUUAGGUUUCGAAAUCUGCGUUUAGGUUUCGAAAAAUGCUCAUAACUUCUAUGUCCCUUGAGAUAUAACCUUCAUAUUUGGUAUGCAUGUGUAUAUGGCCAAGGCCUUUCCAUAAGCACAAAAAAAUUUACCCCGGUGACCUUGACCUUGAACUUAGGGCCCCCGUUUAGGUUUCGAAAGCUGCGUUUAGGUUUCGAAAAAUGCUCAUAACUUCUAUGUCCCUUGAGAUAUAACCUUCAUAUUUGGUAUGCAUGCGUAUAUGGACAAGGCCUUUCCAUACACACACAAAUUUUGACCCCUGUGACCUUGACCUUGAACUUAGGGUCCGCGUUUAGGUUUCGAAAAAAGCUCAUAACUUCUAUCAAGCGUUUGUAGGGGGCAUAAGUCAUCCUAUGGUGGCAGCUCUUGUUAAGUGUUUUCAUGGGCUUAUUUUUGUUCGAUUGACCAAUCGCAUUUUGUUAUUUUGCUGAAAUGACAUUGCAACAUCAAAUUAUGUCACAAAAUGUAAACAACAACUGGGAUUUAUGUCGUUUAUGUCGAAGUCGGCUGAAGAUGCAUACGUUAUCGAGCAGACUAUAAACCGCACCUUUAACCUUUAUGUAUGUCACAUUGGUUUUCUUUUGUUUGUCUAAUUUUGAAAACACCAAUAUCUUACACUUUCUUAUUUCUUAUGUGUUUUUCAUUUUGCAACUACUCUAUGCACGUUUUGCCCUCUUCAUUAUACCAUUUUGGAAACCAUAAAUAUCAAACACGGUGUUUUC